AUGGCGUCCGCUCUGAGCAAGCGCCAGCAGGCGCGCAACGAGAGGGCCCUGCAGGACCUGCUCAAGUCCGUCGCCGGCAACGACCGCUGUGCCGACUGCCACGCGCGCAAUCCCGGUAAGCUUUCCCGCGGUGAACAGCCCACUGUUGGACCCCCCCUUCAAACAAACAAAGAACCCCUCGGGCUGACUGGUGCUGCGCUGUCGUCAAUCGUCUCUAGCAUGGGCAAGUUGGAAUCUCGGCGUCUUCCUGUGUAUGCGGUCAAGUCCCUGAGCAUGGACAGCUGGUCCCAAGACCAAGUGGAUAAUAUGAAAAGAAAUGGAAACGCAGUAGUGAAUGGCAUAUACAAUCCCAAGAAUAUCAGACCCCCUAUUCCCAUCGAUGCCGACGAAGCCGAUUCCGCCAUGGAGCGCUUCAUUCGUCAGAAAUACGAAUCCAAGGUCCUCGAGGACGGGAAGCCCAAAAUCCCCAGCAGAGAGGACCCAAGCUAUAUCAGCAAGCCUAUUGAGGACUCCCCUCCUCCCCUGCCACCAAAGCCUAGCCGACGGUUCGGAUUUGGCCUUCGAUCGUCUUCUUCGCAUUCUGGCUUAAACAAAGCAUCACCCCGUCGUGAAUCAUUCGGCUCCACUUCGAUCUUUUCCAAUAAUAAGCCGUCUCGGUCUCUUGGGUUCAACGUCGAUGAUUCGAACGGUUCCUUCGAAACGAAGCUGGGAAUUUUGCGGAAUAUGGGCUUCCCCGAUGAUAAACGGAAUGCAACAGUUCUCAGAGGGUUAAACGGUGACGUGGACCGGACGGUGGAUGCCCUUGUGAGAUUGGGAGAGCGUUCAGGGCCAACAUCGAGGUCCCGCACUCCUGUUCUCAAAUCACCCACCAGUGUUAAAUUCCCUGAUACGUAUGACUGUACUGCAACGCCUAUGAGCUCCACCAACCCAUUUGAUAAAAUGGGUUCCUCUUCCUCACGAAGCUCCGCGGGAAUAUCGAUAAAUCGACGGGAAUCACAAGGUAGUAGCAUUGAGGAGGUGGCUGCGAAGAAGCAAACUUCUUAUAACCCAUUCGACGUACCACCUCCACAGUCCAGUGCCGCUCCGUCCCUGGAGCAGUCUUUUCAAAAUCUGCAGGUAUCUCAGCCUUUGUUUCCAAACAUGACAGGGGGCUACCCUAGUCAACAGGCUCAAGCUUCACUAAGGAUGCAUCAGCAGUGCAUGACGCCGCCCGUCACCAUGACGUCCCAGGGCGCGUUCACAACAACCCCUGGGGCUAUCAAUGGCGGCCAUAAUCCUUUCUUCCAGUCCCCUCCACCUGUGAACAGUGCUGCAGGGACAUUUGCGCCCCCAGCGCAGAAUCUAUCUCCUAGCAACCCUUUUUUCUCACAAAGCAUGCAGAGCAACUUCCAACCCCAAAUUCCUAAUUCACACUUUGCCCAGGCCAGCCCUGCUCAUGAUGGAUUCCCACUUCAGCAUGCUAACACCAUGCCUAUUAUCUCAAACUCUCCCUUCUACACGCCCCAGCAACAGCAACAGCAACAGCAACUGGGGCACCAGAUGCCACAAAGCGCUCCGAUUACUCCCAUACACUCUUCCCCCGUCCCAUAUUUCCAAGGACAGUACAGCCAACAAGCACCACAACCACAGCCCUUUCAACCUCCACAACCCAGCCGCAUGGACAAAUCAAGCAUCCUUGCCCUCUACACCUUCUCCAAACCCCCGCCAACCAUCCUCGAACAACCACAACAACAGCCCCAACUCCAACCUGACCCCACCACCGCCCCCUCCCAACCGCCCUUCAACCAGCCCGCUCCAGUCCCCAGCAGCGCACCACCGGUUAGCCAUAACCCCUUCUUUACUGCACCAAACGCCAAUGCUGCCCUCCCCCCGGCCACCAAUCCUGGCAUGAUGGCCAGCGCCAAAAACGGCAAUGUACCGUUUGUCCGGUCCCAUAUGAGUCAGGAGAGCAUGGACAUUCGUCGGGCGCAGAAUGGACGGCACAGCCCUGAUGUGUUUGCGAGUUUGAGUGCGCGGUAUGGGCAGUAG